AUGUCUUUUAGCCGACAAGCAGUCAAUACAGAGGAAGCCCCUCCUCCUCGGCCAUUCUAUAACCAAGCAGUUGUCGCCAAUGGCUUUGUCUUCUGUUCUGGCCAACUUCCGAAGGGCUCUACUGGCAAGAUUGUCUCCGGAACCGUGCAGGAUCCCGGUUCCAGUCUCGAGAAGAUGGUUGAGUUUGCGUGGAUGAAUAGUUGCGUUGCGGUCAAGUCAAUCCCUGAAUAUACUGAUGUUGAGAUGAAAUGUGUUGCGCUCUUGUGA